CGUACCCCCUUGUUUGUGUCCUGCGGGCCGCUCUUUGCACGCACCACGCACCACAGUGGAGAGUGCACAAGUAUCGAUGCACAGACAGCAGAAGUAGCGAGCCGUCUGCUGCUGCAGCUGUAACUGGGUGUUGGUAUGGAUAGAUUUCUGCCAUCUACCGGCGGUGCAUCUAAUGCCGCCAAAAUAACAUGUGGAGAACCAACGUGUGCGAUGAGAUCUCUACUGAUCACCGCAGUCCACCAGUGACCAUGCGGGCGGCCGAUGCAUGGCUUCUGUGGCCGAGGAAUCGGUGAGGAAGGCUUCGGUCAGCAGAGAGAGCGCACAUAUUGUCAGAAGAGAACGACUAGUGGCAAGAUCGGCACUGGCACAAGUCCCAUGGAGGUGGACAGCAGUGGCGACAACGAGGACAACAGCAGCAGCAGUGAUGACAGUCAGCAGCAGCAGCUGCUGGGCUGCGUGCAGUCUCUCGGCGGUGCCGCAGGGCUGGGCGGCGGAGGCGCCGCGAGGGGGGGCGUCGGAGGUGCCGCGGGGGACGGCACAGUUAGUGUCGCCAAAGAGGUCCGGAUGUCCAAGCCCGGACGGAACACGGGCAAAAACAAGUUUUCGAUGACGCAGCGAUUGCAGAUUGUCAAUGAGGCCCAGGGGGGGGCUAAGAGGAGCAUGGUUGCUGCAAAGUGGAACGUUGGUACUUCGUACAUCAGCAAGUUGAUGAACCCGGAGAAAAUCGCCGAGCUUGAGAAUGUCCGCGACAUGGAGCUCAACCAGGACGCCCUUCGCGCCCCGAAGCCGGUACACGACGAAGUGGAAGAGAAGCACGCAAGUGGAUCAAGAUCGCACGAGCACGCUUUAACGCAAGCAACCAGGAUUGGCGUGAGUGGUUCGAUGAUCCAGGCCCAGGCCUUGAAGAUCGCGGCGCAGAUGGGGAAGACCAACUUCAAGGCGACCCACGGCUGGCUACAUCGCUUCCUGAAACGCUACAGCUUCACUCACGUCCAAUUGCACGGAGAACCUGGCGACGAGGACAACCAGAAGGUGGCAGAGGAGAUCGAGAGGAUUCGUGAGCAGCUGCAGGAGUUCGACGUCGAGUUCAUUUUUAACAUUGAUGAGACGGGACUUUUCUUCCGCUGCUUCCCGAGACAUACAUAGGUCACGAGGGUGGAGGCCGCCGCCGGCGUCAACAGGAAAACCGCGCGGGGUUCGAAAGCCAUGAAGGCCAAGGAUCGGUGCACGGUGGUCGCCUGCUGCAAUACGACCGGGUCGUUGAUGGUGCCGUUGGCCGUCAUCAGCACGUCGAAAAAAACGAUGGUUUUCCGCCACGUCCGCAAACCACCGUGUCCCUACUUCGCCCAAGAGUGCCUGGCUCGACGCUGCCAUUUGCCAGCGGUGGUUUGACGAAGUCUUUGUCCCGUUCGUCAAAGGCAAGAAGGUGGCCCUUUUGUGGGACAAGUGCCCCGGCCACAAGAUCAAAAGCAACCACGCGCAGAUCGUCAUCAUCUUCUUGCCUCCGAACGUCAAUUCUGUCUACCAGCCCAUGGACAUGGGCGUCCUGUUUGUACUCAAGUGCCAGUUCAAAACCGAAAUGGUGGCAAGGCUGGCAGACCUUAUCGAGGACUGGGACACCGUCCGUGCUUGAAAAAUUCAAAGAGGGUGCCGGGGCCUCAGCGAUGGAGGACAGGCGACAAUGCUGGACGUCACGGAGAUCUGUUCCCAGAAGUGGCGUAGCUUCGACGUUCAGACGGUCAUCAGGUGCUGGCUCAAGGCUGGCAUCCUUCCCAGGGAGCACUGCAACUUUCUCCAGGGCAUGGACACGCGGCUUGACCAAGAGGACAAGGACGACGCGGCAAUCAUCGACGGCCUUUGUGACAUGGUCUCAAAAAUGUCGAUGCCAGCUAGCGUAACGGACUAUAGGUCUAUGCCGCGAGUGUUGACGCACAAUUUGUUUGUCGAGAAGGGCACAGACCUCACAGAGCAGGAAGUACCAACGGCGGUCAAGACGUGGUUUACGGUAGAGGACGACCCCGAGGUGUUAGAAGAGGAGGUGGAGUUGGAACUGCAGGCAGUAGAGAGGGAUCUCAUCGGCUUAGAAAUGGACGACGACGUAUCGAGCGAAGAGGGUGACGGCGACAGCAGGCCGGAGUCGUGCAUAACCUCGUCCCUCACCGAGGGCGAGGUUCUCUCUCCGCUUGGAGGACGUUCGAUCCUAUUUGUACGCGAAGGGAAGGGAUGGCGAGUACCGUGAGACGCAAUACCUUCUUUCGAAGGUCAUUCAUUUGUUUACACAUGAAACCCAACAGAGCCGUAGAGCCACGCCGCGGGGGGAGGUUCAGGGAACUCAUCGCGAUAUGUGGAGGGAAAAGCCGUCAGGGUAGCUUGGUCCGCCGGGACAGUGAUAUUUACUGGUGUUCCUCGGUGCGACCCUGAAAUACGCUCUUUUUCUUUGUGCUUCACGAGAAUGAGAUAAAAAUAAUACUACUUGGACUUUCCUCC